AUGAUCUUCUGGAGAGAAGAUGAAAAGUGGGAUGCAUGUAAAUUUUGCGGAGCACCAAGAUAUAAGCCCAGCGAUGGACGAACCAAAAUACCAUACAACCGUAUGUGGUAUUUACCUAUUGGCGACAGACUGAAGCGUUUGUACCAGAGCGAGAAGACUGCAUCAGCAAUGAGAUGGCAUGCUGAGCAUGAAUCAGCGGAAGAAGAAAUGUGUCAUCCUUCAUAUGCGGCUGAGUGGAAAAAAAUUCAACAACUACAUCCUCGCUUCGCCGAGGGACCCCGAAAUGUUUACCUUGGUUUGGUAUGUCCCGUAAUCAUUUGCUAUGGCCUGUGA